AUGCCAACUGUUGACAUUCACACGCACAUCUAUCCACCAACAUUCGUUAAGCUGCUACGCUCGCGAACCACAGUCCCGUAUAUACGAACGUCUCCUGACGAACCCCAUUCUUCACGGCUUAUCAUCCUUCCGGGCGAAGAUGACCCUUCCACUCCGUCGACCGCGAGAGGACGCCCAAUAGGUCCGGAAUACUACGAUAUAGCCCAGAAAAUUGCCUUUAUGGAUACUCACAGGAUUGAUAAAUCCGUCAUCUCUUUGGCAAACCCAUGGCUCGAUUUUCUACCUUCAGAAGAAGCAGGGGAAGCCGCAAGGAGGAUCAACGAUGACGUCGAACGCCUAUGUGCCCAACACGAGGGGCGACUGUAUGCCUUUGGCACUCUUCCGCUCUCCGCACCAGUUGAGACAGUAGUGACCGAAAUUGAGAGGCUAGUGCAACUGAAACAUAUGCGAGGAGUCAUAAUGGGAACGUCCGGCCUGGGAAAAGGUCUAGAUGACCCGGCUUUGGACCCCAUCUACGCUGCGCUUGAGAAGCACAAUCAGCUCAUAUUCCUCCAUCCACACUAUGGACUUCCCGCAUCCGUAUACGGCCCGAGAGCGAACGAUUACGGGCACGUCUUACCACUCGCUCUCGGCUUCCCCUUAGAGACUACUAUAGCGGUGACGCGAAUGUUGUUGAGCGGGGUGUGGGAUCGAUUUCGAAAGUUGAACGUCUUGCUUGCGCAUUCCGGAGGUACCCUCCCUUUCCUUGCCGGACGGAUAGAGAGCUGCAUCAAGCAUGACGGCCAUCUCAAAAGAGAGGGGAGAAUAGAAGGUCGCCGUGAUGUGUGGGAUGUUCUGAGAACCAAUAUCUACCUUGAUGCGGUAAUCUACUCCGACGUCGGUCUGAAAGCUGCCAUUGAUGCCUCAGGGCCAGAUAGACUCAUGUUCGGAACGGAUCACCCAUUUUUUCCGCCUCUAGAGGAGGAUGUAAAAGAAUGGCACAGUGUAACCGCUAACUACGGCGCAAUAGCCCAGGCUUUCAAGGAUGAUCAAGCCGCGGCUCAAGAUGUGCUUGGGAAUAAUGCCAUGCGCAUAUUAAAUCUGAGGUAA